AUGGGUAAUUGUCGUUCAUGUCAGUCAACCUCCAUAGCCAUAUCAUCAAAUGUAAAGCUGAUUCUUCAAGACGGACAGCUUCAAGAAUUCUCACACCCUGUUAAGGUCUCCCAAGUACUUCAAAACUAUAGCUCUCCCAGCUGUUUUAUAUGUGACUCCGAUGAUAUGGAGGUUGGAGAGUUUGUUUGUGCACUGAAUGGAGACGAAGAGCUUCAGGUGGGUCAGCUGUACUUCGUGUUGCCAUUGAAGCUGUUGAAAUCUCCAUUUCAAGCCAAGGACAUGGCUGCUUUGGCUGUUAAGGCUAGUUUGGCAAUUGAAGGGAGAUGCUGUCGGCGUCCAUUGAAAGGGGCUGAUCCUUUAGUGUUUAACACCAAGAUGGAUGCCAAGAAGGGUCGGAGUUCGGUUGAUAUUGAACAUAUACGUAGGGGCGGCAGCAGUGCAGGCGGCCAUGGCGGUGGAGUUGUGAGAGAAAGAAAAAGGACAGGUGGUGGCCGGGGACAUGGUUUUAUAACAACAUUGAGCGUAAUUGUUGAGUAG